GAAGGAGCGGAGGUAGGUAGGGCCGGCGCCGGGCGCUGGCGGGCUGCUCCGGACUGGCUGCACCGAGACGCGGCUGUCGGGCCGGGCGGCGGGCACGCGACGGGCGGGCUUCUGCCCCAGCCCGCGCCGCCCUCCCUGAGCUCCCGCCUCCCCGCAGGCCCGGCAGGCAGUGACAUAGCCGGGCGCCCACGGCCCGAGCAUCCCCGGCGGCACCAUGCCUGCGCUCCUGGAGCGCCCCAAGCUCUCCAACGCCAUGGCCCGGGCGUUGCACCGGCACAUCAUGAUGGAGCGGGAGCGCAAGCGGCAGGAGGAAGAAGAAGUGGAUAAGAUGAUGGAACAGAAGAUGAAGGAAGAACAGGAGAGAAGAAAGAAAAAAGAGAUGGAAGAGAGAAUGUCACUAGAGGAGACCAAGGAACAAAUUCUGAAGUUGAAAGAGAAGCUUUCGGCUUUACAAGAUGAGAAGCACCAGCUUUUCUUGCAACUCAAGAAAGUUCUCCAUGAGGAAGAAAAACGGAGGCGAAAGGAACAGAGUGACCUGACCACUCUGACAUCAGCUGCAUACCAGCAGAGUCUGACUGUUCACACAGGAACUCACCUUCUCAGCAUGCAGGGGAGCCCAGGAGGACACAAUCGCCCAGGCACCCUCAUGGCAGCUGACAGAGGCAAGCAAAUGUUCGGACCCCAAGUGAUUUCAACUCGACACUACGUGGGCUCAGCAGCUGCCUUUGCAGGGACCCCGGAGCAUGGACAGUUCCAGGGCAGCCCGGGUGGCGCCUAUGGAACUGCUCAGCCCCCUCACUAUGGCCCCACUCAGCCAGCUUACAGCCCUAGUCAACAGCUCAGAGCACCUUCGGCAUUUCCUGCAGUGCAAUAUCUAUCUCAACCUCAGCCCUAUGCUGUGCACGGCCACUUUCAGCCAACGCAAACAGGGUUCCUCCAGCCUGGCAGUACCCUAUCCUUACAAAAGCAGAUGGAACACACUAACCAGCAAACUGGCUUCUCUGACUCAUCUUCUCUUCGCCCCAUGCAUCCCCAAGCAUUGCAUCCAGCCUCUGGACUCCUUGCCUCCCCCCAGCUCCCUGUGCAGAUGCAACCAGCAGGAAAGUCAGGCUUUGCAGCUUCCAGCCAACCUGGCCCUCGGCUGCCCUUCAUCCAACACAGCCAGAACCCAAGAUUCUACCACAAGUGACUUACCUGUCUUCUUCAAUCUAACAUCCCAUAUGCCCAGUUGUGUCCCCCAGGCCAAUAAAAAUCUACUUUCCACUG